AUGGGUCUUGACAUCCCACAAAAGAUCGAAAGAAAACUUGCACGCCUCAAUGACUCCAAAAAUCCGCUCCGCCGCUGGUCAUUCGAACUUGCCAGCUGGACGGCCAGUACCAUAUGCAUGGGUUCUAUAAUAGCCAUACUUAUCUAUAUGAGAAAUCAACCGCUAUCACGAUGGCCAUUCGGCUUGACAGUCAUCACUGUCUUGGCCAAGAUCGCCGCAGCCACCCUGAUAAUCCCAACCUCGGAAGCUAUCGGCCAGUUGAAAUGGAACUGGUUUCAAGGAACUGCGUCAAGAGAGAUGGUGGACUUUGAGAUCUUCGACAAGGCAUCUCGCGGAGGCCCUUGGGGCUCUGUAAUGUUGUUGUUACGCACCAAAGGCAAAUCAUUAGCAGCGGUGGGAGCGAUUCUUACCAUCCUAAUGCUUGCGAUUGAUACCUUCUUCCAGCAGGUGAUCGAGUUACCCGAGAUCUGGAGCCUUCAAGGUAAAGGCUAUGUACCUAUGGUAACUCAACUUGAGCAUCAGGCCCCACUUUAUUACAGUAACGGAGUCGAAAGAAAAGAGACUGACAAAGAACUGGCCACAUUGAUAAACGAAUUCUUUAUCGAUAAUAGCUCGCGCCCGAUACCAGCAGGAGACGGAUUCCAGGCCGAAAUACCAGUAACAUGCUCCACCGGCAACUGUGCCUGGCCCUUAUACCGCACCCUGGGCGUUUGUAGCGCAUGUCAAGAUGUUUCCUCCCUUCUCGGCUACGCAUGUAUUUCAUCAAAGCUGGAUUGGGUACGCAACAUAAGCCGCGAUCCCACUGAAUCUUCAUACCUUCGUGGAAACAUGUGCGGAUACUUCAUCAAUGCGACAGGCGAAUCUCCAGUCAUGAUGACAGGCUAUGCUAUAGGUCCGAACAUUACCUAUACGGGGCAAGCACUCGUGGCCCGUGGUCUACCUCUUGUCGAUAGUAUCACUAGGACCACACUAUUUGGUGGUACUGUCCAUUUUGGUCAUAUACGAAACCCCAUAGAAGACUUCAUAGUCGCUGGACUCCAGGACACCGAAGCCGUCUAUGCCAAUCGCACGCCAUUUGCCCAGGAAUGCGUCCUUUAUUGGUGUGUCAAAGCAAUCAACUCAACUUAUUCUUUGGGCGCUUAUAAGGAGGAGGUGGUUGAGACGUUUAUCAAUUCCACGACAGGUCCGCAGCCUUGGAACACUGCACUGAUGGAAGACACAGACGAAGGCCCCAUCUAUAAUUACAAUUACGCCGAAAACGUCUCUAUCCGUGUACCCUUCGAUCCAGAGGAAAUCAAUUAUGGGAUGACCAAUGAAACCAUGGUUCUCACCGCUUUGGCUUUUGACGAUGUGCUACCGUUCUUCUCGACGAUGGUCAACUCCUCGAACACACCUUCCAUAAGAUUACGUUACUGGAACUCGGGCAAUAUAGAGAUGAUUCCCGAAAUAAACCCGUGGGUACCUACCAACAAUAUCACGCAGCACGUUGAACGGUUGGCUACUGCAGUGACUAACUUGAUUCGAUCAUCUUCAAGGACCAAGUCAGUCUCCGGUGACGCCUUUGCAAAGGAGGUCUACGUCAAUGUUCAAUGGGCGUGGCUUACAUUCCCGCUUCUACUCCUCAUCUUAAGCCUGUUAUUCCUUGUUUCCACUAUUGUACGAGUAUCCAGAGCAGACGGCGAAGCAGGCAUUUGGAAGAAUUCAGCAAUGCCGAUUCUAAUCUACAGCCUUCCCAAAGACGCACAGCAGGCACUGGUAUCAAGUGGCGCCUUAGACGCAGGAUCGAAAACGAAGGCAAAGAAUACAAGAAUAAGGCUGGGAAAAAAGACCGGUUGGAGAGUUUCAGGCUACACAUCCGCCCCUGCAACACCAGUCUCACAAGGUUAUCCUCCGCCAGGAUGGAUAUAG